GUAGUGCUCUCGACGCUGACGGAUACACAGAUAAACACCUUUCUACUGAAACUUUAUGUAAACAACAAUGAAGUCAUUGUUUGUUUUCUCUUACCGGAUGUUGACAUGAUAUUAAUCACAACAUCGCGUUACUGACGCUGUUCAGUUUGAAUUGUGCGCGUCAACGCUGCGCCACAGCGACCCCUGGUGGCUGAGAGGGUAGCGGGGGAGCUGCAGGAGGCUGGCUGUUGUUAGCUUUUGUUUGUAGCCACAUAAGUUUCCAUCUGCAGCCGGUGGCGGCUGCUCCUCGUGGUCUUGGCUCAAACAUCCAGGUUGCAGACAUGCCGAGUCUGAAGCUGAUCUCUGCGACGGACACACAGUAUUCAGCGACUGUGCUCAAGUCAAUGAACGAGCAGAGAAAUCAUGGAUUAUUUUGUGACGUCACCAUCAUCAUUCAGGACAAGAAGUUCAGGGCUCACAAAACAAUCCUGUCUGCCUCGAGCACGUACUUCCACCAGCUCUUCACUGUAGCUGGACAAGUGAUCGAGUUAAAUUUCAUCAAAGCGGAAAUCUUUGAGGAGAUUCUCAAUUACAUGUACAGCUCCAAGAUUGUCCGUGUGCGCUCUGACAUGCUGGAGGAGCUCAUAAAUGCUGGACAGAUACUGGGAGUGAAGUUCAUCGCAAACUUAGGGUCACCGUUAUCACACGUGAAGGGGCUGCCCGGUUUGUCCAAAGAGACAGAGAACAAAAGUGAGACGCCCGCAGAGGUGAUGCCGAUCAUCACGGAGUCCUUCUCGAUAUCUGCAGAGGAAUUCAAUCAGACAAGCAAACCUGCCGAAAAUGACGAGGACUCGGACAGCGACGUCAUGUUUGUCUCGCAAACAAACGCUCAGGCGGACGGUCAGAAAGCCGACACUGGUGAGAUAAUUGAUGUGGAAAAAGCUGUAUCUGAAAAUGUAGCAGCAGAGAAAAAUAAAGAGUCAAAUCAUGCAGUUGCAAAACAUAAAGAUAAACCCACAGCUUCCCCGAAAACACCCGUGGCUAAGAGUUUCAGUUCCACUAAGCCCAGUCUACCAGACAGCAGCCCUCUGCACAGCCCAGACUCCAGCACCAAUCACUUGGCUUCCCCUGCUAGAGUUUCCUCAGGAAGUGCUCCGACAACACCAGCCAGGUCAAGCAGUGUCACCCCCGAGCCUUCGAGUGCCUCCCAGUCCUCCGAAAACAGCGACAUCAUGGGAGUCCACAAAAAACAAGUCUCUACUUCAACUCAGAAGGGGAAUUCCAAAAUAAGGCUGUUAGAUGUUUCUGAAAGUCCAGCUAAUCAGGCCAACAAUCCCAAAUCAGCAAUAGCAGCAAAAAAGACAGUGACACUCAAUACAGCCACAGAAAUUGAUUCAAUUUCUUCAGGCUGUAAAGUUUAUGCCAAUAUUGGAGAAAAUACUUAUGACAUUGUCCCAGUGAAGGAGGAUCCAGGUGAAGGAGGCUCUAAAGCCUGUAGAGGGAAGAGGUCAUUGAUGGCAACGCCUUUGAAAACCUUUGAUAAAGUACCGUUGUCCCCGAAGGCCAGCCCAAACAAGAAGAGCAAAACCGAGCUGGAGGAUCACUACGAGCUGAUCAUGGAUGGGAAGACUUUCUACGUGUGUAUCGUCUGCAAGCGGCCCUAUGUGUGUCUGACGAGUCUCCGCCGUCACUUCAACACCCACUCGUGGGAAAAGAAGUACCCGUGUCGCUACUGCAACAAAGUCUUUGCCUUGGCCGAGUACAGAACUAAACACGAAAUCCACCACACAGGAGAGAGGAGGUACCAGUGCUUGGUGUGUGAUGACACAUUCCUGAACUACCAGUUACUGUCCACCCACUGCAAGCAUGUCCACAACCAGGACCCCAGUGGGAGGAAGGAGAAAGACGACACAGACAACAACUUGUACCGCCUGCUGCCGUGCAAAUCUGUGCAGAUGAAGCCGUACUCGUGGGCGACUGAGGGGCCGGGGGUCCCCUGCAUCUCCGAGGACGGCAGCGUGCACUCCAUAACCACCAACAGUGAAGAUGUCCACUCUUCAACCCAGAGCAGGAUGUUGAACUGGGACGACAUCUUCAUUGAGCCCGAUGCACACAUGCCGCCUGACGCCCAUGCUCAACCAGCGUCGACCGUGAACAACACACCACCACGGGCAGCUACAGAGUUUGACUUUGUUAUACCAGAGACCUACUGAGCAGCACAUGCCGCUCCGUUACCUGUGCCUUUUAGGUGCCCCCCCCACCCACACACACACUUUUUCCAUGUCAACAAUUUUCUUCGGUUAUUCUCAAUAGAUUAAACACAAGGCCUUUCCGUUUAACAAAAAAUGUGUAGUUUUAUUGAACUAAACACAGUGAUGAUGCAGAUCCACACAGUUUGAGUCAAUCAAAGCUGAACACUGAACCUUGAGUCCCUCGACGGUUUUACUGAAAACGGAUGCUGGAGUUUUUGGUGCCGGCUUCAGUUGAAGUGAAAUCAGACGCAGCAAAUAGUUGCAGUUGAUGGAUGUUCAAUGUGACCUUACAUUUGUUCGUACUCUGCUUUUGUAACAGCCUUGAUUGUUGGUAUCAUUCAGUAAAUGAUAAUUACAUUAGCUAACAAACAGGAGUGGAAAAGCUCAUGUGGUUAAGACAUAACUCAAAAAGUGUAUCACGGCCUCAAAGAAUCUGAAACACAAAGCACAGAAAUGAAACAUUUAAAUGGUGUUUGCCAAAUCAGUUACCAGACGGCCCAUCGAGCCUCAUUUAAUAAAAUUUAAUAAAUAUGAUUUAUGAAACCAGGCGACCAUUUUGACUGGUCAACAAUUAAAUUGCUUAGGAAUUAAAAAACAACUACUCUCAAUUAAAAGAAUGGUGUUAAAUUCGAUCAUCAGCUGAUACAUCAAUCAAGGAUCUUGGCUCAUUUUCAAGGAUCAGAUGUAGAUUUUAACAGACGUGAGGAUCUUCUGGACAAAUUUUUCCUGGUCAAUGUUCGAGACCAAAUUAUGCUGAAGAAAAAUGAUCUGAAGUGUAUUUUUUCAUUAUGUGAUUGUCGGCGAUCCCACUUCUGGGUCCUGUGGCAGGGAAUAUGCUUAUUUAAUUUUUUUUUCAGUGGUCGAUGAAUGAGUUUUGGAUUUGUCUGUUAAACUGUCUUAUUUUGAUGCACCUGUACAUUUUUAUUCCCUAUGAUUUCAAUGUUUUUUAUGUUAGAUAUUAUAUUUUGAUGCCAAAGUCUGCCGGCCACAUCACGUUGGCUGGAGAUUUCUGUAUUCAAAUGUGAUGAUUGGAUUAUUUCAGUCCAUGGAGGUAGCACUUAGUGUUGUAACACGCUGAAUUUGUUUGUGUAAUGUUUUUAUUUUUUAUUAUUUUAUUUUUGACAUUGUUCCAGAAGAUGGUGAUCAGUCAGUAUGAGUAAGAAAGUAGGGCUAACACGACUCUUCAAAUCACUUCAUUCAAUAAAACCAUGCAGAUUGUUUUUUACAAAUUAACAUCGAUGUGAUGUACAGUAUAUAUUUGUGCUAACAUUUGUUUUACAGCUUCAGAUUUAUUUAUUAGGUUUAUAGAGUAGUUAAAAUUGAAUUGUCCUUUAACACUCGGGUCUGUUGGCAUUUUCCAAAAUGUCCUUUUUCUGUCAAUUGGCAAUGAAACUUACGUGACAGUAAAUAAAUUAUUUUUAAUUA